CCCAAACUUCCCAAACUUACUCCCCUCCAUCAGCGUCCUUUUCUUCAAAAACUCCCCUCUUCUUUGAGACACACUUGUCAGUGUCAUUGGCCCUGCAGUUGGCCGUCCUCUUUUUAUGACAAGCUCAGUCGUUCCUUUUGGAGUCGUUUGAACUUCUUCCUCCAAACGCGCCCGACCCCAAGAGUCCUGCUCCCCCGAGUGGUCUCGCGACCAAAGCUCCACCUCGACGACCUCCCACCUCCGAACUGCUUGUUGUCAACUCGAGCCCGACGAAGCUAGCUCGCCGUUGCGCAAGGCCCGAGAAGAUGCCUUGCCUUGUGGAGGACGCUUGGAUCAAUGGCCAGGCAGCGAGUCAUGAUGUCUCCGAGCUCGAGGACUGCGCGAUCGCUAUUGAUGCGACAUACUACCUCCAACUCUUUCUCGACACCCCCCCUUUCCACGAACCGCUUCUGCCCGCCCUCGGUGGCAUGACUGGCAUCGAACACCAUCUACGAGCUGAUAUUGACCAAUGGAAGGCCCACAAGAUCGUUCCCUUCUUCAUCUUCGACGGCCAGUCUGUAACUGGCCAGGAGGAGGUUGCUGUCCAGCGCGGAAAGGCUGCCAACCAGAAGACGGAUACGGCCUGGAAUCUGUACUUUAACAGCGAGGCGCAGCAGGCUGUCGAUUCUUUUGGCGCCAACAGUGGCGCCUACCGCAUCCAAAAUCUCUACCCCUUGCUGAAGUCGAUUCUGAAGGAUAACGAUCUUCACUUCCUUGUCCCUCCUUACAACGCCUCCGCUCAGCUUGCCUACUUCGACAUGAUCGACUCGGACCAAUGUGCUGCCGUCAUGGGCUCACAAGAGCUGCUCCUGUACCCAAUCAAGGACACACUGAUUCGCACAAUAGAUUGGGAAGCAAAGACUGUGACGUCGCUUUCCAAGAAGAACCUCCUUCGGUCGCUGAACAUCAGCGAAGGCAUGCUCGGCGACGCCCUUCUAAUGACCGGGACUUCGUUUCUGCCACCCUUUCCCCCACUCCAGGACACGUCACUCAACCCUCGCCAGCCGUUCACAAUCAACGACGCCGUGAAUCUGCUCAGAGCAUCAGAAAAGUCUGUUCAAUCGGCCUGCAGCUCCUACGGUGACAUUCUCAAGAAACAGGACGCCAAUUGGUUGGACAAGUACAGGCAAGCCAAGAUGGCGGUCAACCACUUCAUCUACAUCGCCGAGGACGGCGAGAUCAAAGUCAACGAUUUCGACCAUAUCACAAGAGACAAUCACGAGUAUCUCGGUCUUCAGCUACCUGGAGAACUGUUCCACUACCUCAACACUGGUCUGAUCGGCUCCCGCGUUCUUGAUUAUAUAACACAUAGUCGAAUCGUCGUGACGCCGACCCUGGACGGUGUCGCAUCAGAGCAGUACAAGAAGCUGGUUACCAGCCAGAUUGUCCCUCUCAAAGAGCAGAGCAUCGCCCUCCUCAUCCCUCGACUCCACCGCGGUCUACAGCAUAACGCCAUCACCAUGAAAGUGUGGUUUGACGACAGCUUCUCUUACCAGAUUAACAAGUCUCUCCAGCCAUCUCCGUCUCAGCGCGCCGCCACCUGGGACGUGAAGGAAAGCUCCUUCAAGACUGUCGCCGAUGAUGUUGCGGACCCCCCUGGCUCUAUCGCCUUUGAGAUUCUGGCUUUACUGUUUCCCGACUUCGUCAAGGGCACCUUCCCCAAGGAUAAGAAGCGUAUCGGUGGUAUUGAUUCCAUUGAAAACAUCACCGCAGUGGCUAUUUGGAGAUUCCUUCAUCUCCGUGGCUAUGUGGACGAUUCGCACACCCUCACCAACUGGGGCAACGCCGUUGCCAGCGCAAUCUGGGCGAUGAAGGACUCCCUCAAGGAGCUGCAAAUCCCCGAGGGCCUCAACAUUUUCGAGGCUAUCUUGUCUGCGUUCGAGCUCAUCAGACACGACGUGCUAAAUGCGCGCCAUCGACACGAGGAGCUCAACGGUGCCCCAAUGACUGGCAGUGACGAGGACAAGGCGAGUAUCCUUCUCAUUAGUCGAUGUGCCUCGCUUUUGAAGCUUCGUCAUGAAUCCAACGGAUAUACCGGCCCGCUCAACAAGAACCUGCUGCUGUUCCGGUCACUUUCCACUGCUGUCCGCGAGGCGGACCGUGAUCUUGUUGAGGCCAUCGUGGCGUCUAUGUUCUUGUACGCUCAGUCCAAGAGAGAUCGAACCGAUUAUCUACAAAUCAGUCAGGCAUUGCCGUUCCUUCACAACCCUGACAUCGCUCUGGGUAUCGCGGUAAAAACACUCAUGGAUGAGCUUCCUGCCAGCGAGAGCGUGGAGAAGCGUCAGGCCAGAAUCAAUGACUUUCCUGGGAAAUUUUUCCCUUAUGCUACCAACUUCAAGGACGAUGUGCAAUUGGCGUUCGCCUUCUUCGAGGCCAUCCACAAGGGUGUGCAGACGCUCAACAAGGAGGUCUCGGCGGCCGACAAGGCUGUUUGGUCAACAGCAAGCAAUUAUCUGGACCAGAGACGAUUCUAGCACUGAAGAUAUCUGGCCUUGCAGCGCGGCGUUGGAGAGUAAAAAAAAAACCAGACGGUGUUCUGGACAGCACAAAAUACGCCGAGCUGUCACUGUUCGUUGGCAGUGUUCGCUCUGAAGGGCAGGAUAUGAGGCAUUUGGAGGUCCACAUAUAGCCCGAGAGGACAGGGUAUGCGGCGAGGCUUGCUGCUGGAUCCGGCGGACAGACAUGAAGUUUGCAUUACAAUUUCAUAAAGCCGUAGGUUAGCUGUCCAGUGUCUGGAGAAUAGAAACAGAGUUAGCCUAGACGAACGUUAAUGUAUCUCGAGGGAUUGUGAACAGCUUCUCUUCAGUAAAGUUUCUCUCUACUACCUACCAAAUCUCAACCGCGCGCAUUCCUUUUACAUUUUCCUGGCCAUCUGCAG